GAUUAUAGGUCUUUUAGACAAAAUUCUAUUUCAUAGAGUCCUUUAACAAUGGGAAAAAAGCCUAAAAAAGAGAAGCAGGAUGAUCCCAACAAACUCACCCAAGUGGAUAGAACCUUUUACGAGUUGACUAUAACAGAUUUAAAUCAAAAAUUGGCUCGUCUACGUAGUCAUUUGGUGACUUUGGAUGAGAACAACGUUAACCUCAAAGAGCAGUUGAAGACCGUCACCGAGGAGCGCACCGAUAUCGCUGCCCAUCUGGAGAAAACAUUGGCUGAGCGUACCGACACCAUAACCGAGCUGGAAGAACGUUUGGUUGAAAUAACCAAGGUGCGCAACAAGGAAAAGGCCGAGGCUGCUGAGCAUAUCAAGGAGCUGGAAAUGAAAUACAAGGCCAUGCAUGACCAAUUGACUUCGGAGAUAAAACUGCUCAAUGGCAAAUUGAACUCCCUGGAUGAGUUUCGCAUACAAAGGGAUGUGCUUAUGGCCAAAUUUGAUGACCAGGAGGCAGAAGCCAAAGAAAAGGAGAGGCUACACCAGGAACUUAUCUAUAGCAUGGAACAAAAAGCUGUGGUGGAGAAGGAUGCCCUCAAGAAGGAGGUGGAAGCCAAGCUGUUGCAGGUUUCGGAAGAUUUUACACGCUCCAGUGAGAUACGCAAUGCCGGCUAUACCCGUCGCCUGAUACGCGAAAACAUAGCCCUGCAAAAGGAGAUCGACAGCUUGGUUAUGUCCCAGAUACGCAUGCAAUCGGAAUACAAUGACAGUUUGGCCAAACACAAAGAAAUGGCAGAACAAUUCAAUGCCUUAGAUCAAAUGAAAAAUGAGCUCAUACGAAGUGCCCAGAAUAAAAUUAAAAUUAUCGAAAAACUCACCGACAACUAUGAGCGUCUGAAGGCCAAGCAUGUGGAGCUAAUCAAAUAUCGAGGGCUUUAUGAGAAUCUGGCCAAACGUGAUGUGUGUGAGCGUUUCACCAUUAAUGAUAUGACCAAGAAGUUGGCCAUUUUGGGUCAACGGGUCGAGAGUCUUAAAAUGGAAAAGAAUCGUUUGAACAGCCAGCAUGAGCAACAUGAGCAGGAGAUUCAGCGUCUGAAGGCAUUGCUUCAGCAAAUCAGAACUACAAUUCAAUUGGCCAUUAUGGCCACAGGGGAAGGUAAACAGCCUGAUGGCCAAUGUUCCUUAGGGCCGGAUGAGACCGCCUCGGAGUCUUUGGCCUUAAGGAAACUUCAACGCCAGGACUUGCUCAAAGAGUUAUUGGAAAUUGUGCGCAGCCAAACUGAGGAUAUUCCCGAUGACUUGAGUCUAGCCACUCCCUCACAAUCCAAAUCGUCUCUCUAUCGCACGGGCAAAAUGGGCUUUAUGGCACGUUCCACCUCGGUAUUAAUGGAAAUUUUCAAACGCGAUGUCCACAGACUGGUCUCAGCGGAAAUCUUGGCCUCAGCCUAUCAAACCAAAAAGGAUGAAAAUAAAAUAAUACCCAAGGAUCGUUUGAGUGAAGCCGGUUCCAUUAUAGAUGUUCAAAUGGGUUCUCUGUUUUAUGUUUCCGAGUCCCAUGAUGAAAUGGAUAUGCCGCCACAAGAUGAGGCUGAACCUGAUGACAUGCCUGAGGAGGCCAGCACCAGUGAGUUGGAAGAUGCCGGCACAAGUUCACAGGCAGGAGAUCAACGUAAAUCUGUGCUACAAAGAGCUCCCUCAAUAGCCGCUUCGGGAGAAUUAUCUGUGGAUCGUGAGCCAGGUUCAUCAGCAGGAGGCCCUAGUGGAUCGCCAUCAUCUUCAGGGGUGGAUGCUGCAUCGCGAGGUUCACGCAUAUCACGCAUGUCACGUCAAAAGAGUUUGCCACAAACCGAUGAUGAGGCCUAUUCCAUAAAUCUUUUUUAUUAGACGUUCAAUUUCACAAAAAAAUUAUAGGCUUAUAAAAGAAUAAAUAUAAAAAAAAAAUUAAA